UUUGGUUUCUCAGAUUUCCCACAGUACACACGCACACUCUCUUCGAUCUCAUCGCCACAUUUCCCUACAAAACUCCACCCUUCAUCAAUCUUUCUGUCAGUAGAAGAGAAAAGUCAUUAACUUUCUACAUCAAUCCUUGUUGGGUUUUGCUCGGAGAAGAGAGAGCAUGGCUUCAAUCUCUGUUCCAUGCCCCAAGACUAUUUUGGUUGCCGCCGGUGUUGGAUCCAAUGCUCAAAAUUCACAACCGAAGCCCAUGAUCUCUUUUCCCCGAGCACCCAUUUCCAACCAGAACCCUCCUCUCUCUUUGGGAUCCACAUUCUCUGGUUUUGAGUGGCCUAACAGGAAGCAGCAAGCUGUUAUGAAGGCACAGGCGCAGCUGAAUGAGGUUAUGGUUGAGAAAUCUUCAAAUUCUGUACUAGUCGGGGACUCUGAAUCCAAAGCAGCAUCAUCCGAGGGAAAGGAUGAACCCACAGAAAGUAAAAUUCCUGAUGUGCCAUCCAUUUCAGCAUUUAUGACCCAAGUAUCAGAACUUGUCAAACUUGUGGAUUCAAGAGAUAUCACAGAGCUGCAAUUGAAGCAAUCAGGUUGUGAACUCAUAAUAAGGAAAAAGGAGGCUUUGCAGCAAUCAGAACCAGCAGCUCCUGUUCUUCCAAUGCAACCUCCUUACCCGCAUGCAAUGUUUCCUGCUCCACCAGUAGCUGCUCCUGCCCCAGCCCCUGCAAGUCCCUCUUCAGCUCCUGCCUUGCCUCCCCCUGCAAAGGCAAGUUCAUCGUCUCAUUCACCACUGAAAUGCCCCAUGGCUGGAACCUUUUAUCGGAGUCCAGCUCCAGGUGAACCCCCAUUUGUGAAGGUGGGGGAUAAAGUGCAGAAAGGUCAAGUCGUUUGCAUCAUUGAGGCCAUGAAACUAAUGAAUGAAAUUGAAGCUGAUCAAUCUGGAACCAUAACCGAGAUCCUGGCAGAGGAUGGGAAACCAGUUAGUGUGGACACGCCUCUUUUUGUCAUUGCGCCAUGAAUAAGUUGCAAGGAGCUUCAAACUUUGUAGCGGGCACUGUUUUUGGAGAAGUAACUUGAAAAGUCUUUUUAUUUUUUAUUUUUCUCUGUAACUUUAAAGGAAUAAUUGUCUCAUCUUGGUUCAGGAAAGCCUCUCUUCUACACCCUUUAGUAUUGUAUUGGAUGUGUGGACCAAGCUUAGGGUGAUACAAUCAAUGCAAGGGUUUGAGCAGUUUUCAAACACAGUAUUCAAUAGUAUCAGUUGGAAACC